UCACAGUUGGUUCAUUACGCCGUGUCCCUUUGUUGGCCGAGAAGCCGCGGCGCUUGUGUUGUUAUUUUCGCUAACGUUACAACUGAAAUUUUGAAGUCAUAUUUGGUUUGGGGAUUUGUGUUUGGCCUUGUGUAUUGUCAGUCGCGCGUUUCUCAUCUGUGCCAUUUCUUGUCGCAAACUAAAAUUAACCUAGUAAUGGACUCGGACGAGGGUUACAAUUAUGAAUUCGACGACGAGGAAGAGGAAUGCAGCGAAGACAGCGCAGAAGAGGAGCCCGAAGACGACACCCUGGAGCUCGGAGAGGUGGAACUGGUCGAUCCUGUUGUGGCCGGUGGUGAGCGGGACGAGUGUGCGGACACCGGGAGCAGUAGCCUUGGGCCUAGCCAAGAUGAAGAGGACUACCGUUUCGAAGUGUUGACUGCCGAACAGAUCCUCCAGCAUAUGGUGGAGUGUAUCAGGGAGGUCAACGAGGUCAUCCAGAAUCCUGCAACGAUCACAAGAAUACUUCUCAGCCACUUCAACUGGGACAAAGAGAAGCUGAUGGAAAGGUACUUUGACGGGAAUCUGGACAAGCUCUUCUCUGAAUGUCACGUCAUAAACCCCAACAAGAAGUCUCGGACACGGCUGAUGAACACCAGGUCCUCAGCCCAGGACAUGCACUGUCAGAUCUGCUACCUGAACUACCCAAAUUCGUACUUCACUGGCUUGGAGUGUGGACACAAGUUCUGCAUGCAGUGUUGGGGGGACUACUUGACAACCAAAAUCAUUGAGGAGGGAAUGGGACAGACCAUUUCCUGUCCUGCUCAUAACUGUGACAUUCUGGUGGAUGACAACACGGUUAUGAGGCUGAUAACAGAUUCGAAAGUCAAGUUAAAGUACCAGCACUUAAUAACCAAUAGUUUUGUACAGUGCAACCGGCUGCUGAAGUGGUGUCCGGCUCCAGACUGCCACCACGUGGUCAAAGUGCAGUACCCCGACGCCAAGCCCGUCCGCUGUAAGUGCGGCCGCCAGUUCUGCUUCAACUGUGGUGAGAACUGGCACGACCCUGUCAAGUGCAAGUGGCUGAGGAAGUGGAUUAAGAAAUGCGACGACGACAGCGAGACGUCCAACUGGAUCGCCGCAAACACAAAGGAGUGUCCCAAGUGCCACGUUACCAUUGAGAAGGACGGUGGCUGUAACCACAUGGUGUGCCGGAACCAGAACUGCAAGGCAGAGUUCUGUUGGGUCUGCCUGGGGCCCUGGGAGCCUCACGGCUCGGCCUGGUACAACUGCAACCGCUACAACGAAGACGACGCCAAGGCAGCCAGAGACGCUCAAGAGGUAACCACAACUCGCUCCCGUGCGGCUCUCCAGCGCUACCUGUUCUACUGCAACCGCUACAUGAACCACAUGCAGAGCCUGCGCUUCGAGCACAAGCUGUACGCCCAGGUCAAGCAGAAGAUGGAGGAGAUGCAGCAGCACAACAUGUCCUGGAUCGAGGUGCAGUUCCUGAAGAAGGCCGUGGACGUGCUGUGCCAGUGCCGCUCCACCCUCAUGUUCACCUACGUCUUCGCUUUCUACCUCAAGAAGAAUAACCAGUCCAUCAUCUUUGAGAACAAUCAGGCGGACCUGGAGAAUGCCACCGAGGUGCUGUCUGGAUAUUUGGAGCGUGACAUUUCCCAGGAUUCCUUGCAGGACAUCAAACAGAAAGUCCAGGAUAAGUACAGAUACUGUGAGAGCCGGCGAAGGGUGCUCCUGCAGCACGUGCAUGAAGGCUACGAAAAGGACCUGUGGGAGUACAUAGAGGACUGAGCCCCGCCCCGCCCUGCCCCACCCCGCCCUGUCCUGAUCCCACGUGCCCCGCCCUCGCACCACAAACUCUCCAAGCGCAACUCGGCUCCUAGCGCUACCGUGGAUACGCUGCCAUGGUUACGCUGUGCUGCACCAGCCUCUGCUGUUACUGCUGGUCUUUAACCCCCCCCCGCCCUCUCCCCACCCCCCAGUUCUGUUUCAUGGAAUUAAAAUAUAUUGAAAUAAAAUAUAGAAUAUUAAAAAUCUUAAUUGUACAACAGUAUUGUUGGCAGCAGAGUUGGAGAGUGACAAAAUAACUAAAACGACCCCCCCACCCCCCAAAUCCACCCUUCCUUUUCUCUUGUACUGUAACUUUUUUUUUUUUUUUGGAACUCCCUAUUUUUUUUUUUUUAUAUGACUUUUGCUUCUCUGUAGAGAUUAUUUUCCAUCACCCCAUUGUGCAGAGAAAAGGCUUUCAGUGUCCUGACCAUUUCAGCUGACCGUGGUGAGACCUCCAAUAAGGGUCGAUGAAAGUGGAUUGGCUGAAUUGGGGGUAAAACAUUUUGGAAAAAAAAAUAAAAAUAAGGAAAAAAACAACAAAAGAACUGAAUCAGUAUUUUUCAAAUUGUAAAUAAGGCAUAUGCAUGGAAGUUUAACCGCAAGCGUGGCACGUGUUUGCAUAAUUCUUAAAAUUUAAAAUAUUUAUUCUUUACAAAAUAUUCAAAAAGAUGUAUAUUUGCUGUGUAGAUUAAGUAUUUCUCCCCGUUUUUUAUGUUGGAAACUUGCAGAGUGUGGGGUUUAGGGGCUCCCCCAGAUUGAGUAAGUCUAACCCCAAAAUACACCUUCUCCACCUUCUACCAUGCGCUGCCCUGAAACUGAGCUAAAGAUCAAUGCUUCAGUACAGAGCAAAGAGCAUCAGUACUCCAGUACAGAGAGAAGCAGUGCUUUAGUACAGAGCAGAGAGCACAGUACUUUAGUACAGAGCGGAGAGCAGCAGUGCUUUGGUACAGAGCAGAGAGCAGCAGUGCUUUAGUACAGAGCAGAGAGCAGCAGUGCUUUAGUACAGAGCAGAGAGCAGCAGUGCUUUAGUACUGAGCAAGAGAGCAGCAGUGCUUUAGUACUGAGCAAGAGAGCAGCAGUGCUUUAGUACAGAGCAAGAGAGCAGCAGUGCUUUAGCACAGAGCAAGAGAGCCGCAGUGUUUUAGUACAGAGCAAGAGAGCAGCAGUGCUUUAGUACAGAGCAAGAGAGCAGCCGUACUUUAGUACAGAGAAAAAGGUGGCAGUGCUUUAGUACAGAGAAAAGGGCAGCAGUGCUUUAGUACUGAGCAGAGAGCAGCAGUGCUUUAGUACUGAGCAGAGAGCAGCAGUGCUUUAGUACAGAGCAAGAGAGCAGCAGUGCUUUAGUACAGAGCAAGAGAGCAGCAGUGCUUUAGUACAGAGCAAGAGAGCAGCAGUGCUUUAGUACAGAGCAAGAGAGCAGCAGUGCUUUAGUACAGAGCAAGAGAGCAGCAGUGCUUUAGUACAGAGCAAGAGAGCAGCAGUGCUUUAGUACAGAGAGCAGCAGUGCUUUAUUACGGAGAAAAGGGCGGCAGUACUUUAGUACAGAGAAAAGGGCGGCAGUACUUUAGUACAGAGAAAAGGGCGGCAGUACUUCAGUACAGAGAGCAUUGGGGCUUUAGUACAAAGAGAGCAGUGGUGUGGUAGAUAUAACUGAGAAUGAGGCAUGAUGGGAUAUGCCUGCCCUAAACCUGCCCCCACCCUCAAGUCCCAGUAGGUUAAUCCUUAACCCUUAACCCACAACCCACGUGCUGUUCUUUUUUUGUUUUUUGUUUUUUUAUGUAUCUGCAGUUUGAAAAUGACACUACAGUUGUUUCUUGAGAGCCAAAUUGAGUGAUAUUCACUCACUGAAAAAAGGUUUUUUUCUUUCUCUUUUUUUGCUCAUCAGCUAACUCCGCUUUGAGGCUUUUCUUGUGUGGUUUUGUAAGCACCUUUGGGGGGUAAUAUGCUUGGGGGGGGGGCGCUGAUGUGAUAUAAUGGCAUGUACUGAAAGCACUGUUAUACAAGCCAGCAGGUGGCCAUGUUUCAGGCUCGAGCUGCGCAGCUGGCCAAGGCACGGCGGGGGUAAUAAAAUAUGGCUACGAUGGUCAUGAUGUCACCCGAGUCACAGAAAACAGUAACUCCUCCAAUCACAGAACAUGUUGGUGACCUCCUCUAACAAUGUUGAAGGUGAUUGGUGGAUACAUUGUGGGUACUUCCUGGCAAUUCCUUGGAUGCCUGAAAUAUAGUCAAAAUAUCCUCCAAUCACUGUCAUAAUUGUAACCGACACUCUCCAUAAUUGGUGAAGCUCCUGUGUUCUUCCAGUAAGGUGAUGUCAGGACAAUUUUUGCCCUGUAAGAUUAUCUCUGCAAUAUGUACCUUUGCUCCUUCCUGUUUUUAUUUUUUAUUUUUAAGAAGUCUCCACAGUUAAGGGCUGGAAGAACAGUGGCAAGCCUUUUCUUCUCACAGAGGAAGACUCCUAUACAUGCUUAAGCGCUAUUGCAUUUAAUAUGCGAGCCGUGUUUACACAGGAAUGUACAAAACCAGGACAUGCCAAUCCCCUUCUCUAGGCUCCUCCCCAUGUAAUAUUUAGUAUUAGCAUAACCUCCCCCCUCACCCGGUCCUGCACAUGAUCCCAGAAAGGUUACCCCCUGUGGAGUAGCUGUAAAGGGGUGAAAUAUUCUGCAUAUAAUGCUGGUGGGGGCUGGUAACGUAAAAAAAAAAAAAAAAAAAAAGAUGUCUCCUUUCACCAAAGUGUGAACCACCUAGCCCACAUUAUAUUACUCGGUUUCUGAGGCUUUCUGGGAAACAGGAGGGGAGACCUAGUUGGUUUUAUGUGUUAUAACUGUUCUUACAUACAAAAAAAAAAAAAAAGAAGGAAAAACCUGACUGUACUAUUUAAAUAAAUGUCAUUAAAAUAUCUUCUAACUUGA